AGAACCCUAUUUUUUAAGCAAAUAUUUGUAAAAGGUGGUAGGUGGGAUCAUGGUAUUAAAUAUUCGUCAACACAUCAACAUUUCUAUAUAACAUUUCUAUAUAUUCAUGAGUUCAACAUGACAGGAGGGAUAAAUCAAUAUUUCCAUCAUAUUACAAUAAAGAUUAACAAAUUAUAAAAAAUAUCAACAAAAAGUUACUAAUAUAUACUGUCAUAAUUAAAUGAGAUCUAACUAAGCGACAAUAUGUCCAAAUUGGGUCGAGGGAGAAGAGGACUUAGGUAUACAAACCAAGCAGUGAGGUCAAAGUCCGUACGUAGAGGUCGAGCAGCUCAGGCUAAGGCCGCCUUGGGGUCGGCGUCGGUCAGUAGGCCCAGAACUUCGACAAGGCCUCUCCAACUAUUAUGCUUGGCUCGAUAUGACUAAACCUAUCUUGUCUUGGUGAGACCCUAAAACAAGCAAACAACUCCUCGACCUUGGGCCCACAACAAGGUGCACAGUCCCAUAAGAGCACCCGGAUUCAACUUCUAUUAGACUAAACCAUAAUCCUAGUUUUCAUACUCAGCUAUAUCCGAUACUAACUUAGGUAUCAGAGCCUGUGUAGCUAGCAGGAUCCACAUCAGUGUUCAGUGCGCUAUUGGUUUUUGCAGGAUUCAUGCUCGUUUCUGUUUCAUCAUUUGGUGCGAAUUUGGCGGGAUUUGAAGGAGCUUAAAUUUGACAUCAAAUAAGACUUGCGCGCAAUUCAAAUCUUGGAGACGGAGAGUGAAAAGGGCGCGAAUCGUUGCUCCGGCGACCGGAAACUGGCUCCCUACAACUCAAAUGAGUCAACUCGCUGGUCCGAGAACGGAAUCGAUUCACCACCGCCUUUGCGACUUCGCUAAGACCGCCCUUAUCAAGAUCUUCGCGCACCCCUACGUCACGGUAUGUGAUUUAUAUUGCGCGCGAGGAGCGGAUGCGGAGAAGUGGGACGAAGCUCAAAUCAGUCACUACAUUGGACUUGAUGGAUCCACUUCUGGAAUCAGCCAAAUGCGAGAGGCAUGGGAGAGCCAGAGGAAGGCUUACGCUGCUGAAUUCUUUGAGGUUGAUCCUUGCGUGGAAAAUAUUGAAACCCAGUUGAAAGACAAAACUGAGACAGCUGAUCUAGUCUGCUGCUUGCAGCAUCUGCAGAUGUGUUUUGAAACUGAGGAGAGAGCAAGUAGACUUUUACAUAAUGUAUCAGCAUUGCUGAAACCUGGGGGUUAUUUUUUUGGUAUUACUCCUGACUCGUCUACAAUAUGGGCAAAGUAUCAGAAGAAUGUUGAAGCAUACCACAAUAGGAGUACUAGCAUGAAGCCUAAUAUUGUACCCAAUUGCAUUAGAUCGGAAAGCUACAUGAUUACCUUUGAAGUCGAGGAAGAAAAGUUCCCAUUGUUUGGGAAGAAAUAUCAGCUGAAAUUUGCAUAUGAUCCCUCUGCUGAGACUCAUUGUUUAGUCCAUUUUCCGAGCUUCAUCAGGUUGGCUAGAGAAGCGGGUCUUGAGUAUGUCGAGAUUCAGAACUUAACUGAAUUCUAUGACGACAACAGAGCACAAUUUGCAGGAAUGCUCAUGAGUUGUGGUCCAAACCUUGUGGAUCCCAGGGGGAGACUUCUUCCUCGAUCAUAUGAUGUACUAGGUCUGUACACAACAUUCAUAUUUCAGAAGCCAGAUCCAGACAUUACUCCACCAAUCAUGUCCCCCUUAUUGCCAGAAACUAGUUAUGAUCUCGAAGAGAGAGAGUGGCAGGGGAGUGGGUGGCGAGAUGAAGAAAGAAGUGUACAGGCAGAGCAUGUUUCCGGUCCGAUUCCUGUUGCGAUUCCGGUUCACGUUCCGGUUCCAGUCCCUGUCUCCGUUCCCGUUCCUGUUCCUGUUGUUCCCGGCCCCGGGUUGGGUAAGAUUAGUGAACAGAAGGGGAUUUUGGGACCUGGCCCUGCAGACUUACGUUUCCCGGAGGCUCUUUAGCUGCCCUGAUGGACCUACUUAGACCAAAUGGAUCGUAGUUGAUAAUUAAUUUAUAUUUAUUAGGCUUAGUUUGAUCAUGUGCGAAGUAGGAAAGGUUUACAUUGGAGAAGAGAGAAUUUAUGUAUUUCACUUUUCCUACUUAAUUUUUCAGCUAAGAUGGUAACUGAUUUAUGUUAAGAAAUAAAUUGUUGGGCUUAAUUUCGUCA